AAAACAUACAGAGUCUGAUUGUCUGAUAGUUAAAAAUAAGUUGAACCAAGUCCUGUAGUUUUUGUCAACUAUUUUAUUUAAGUGGUAAAUACAUUGUAAAUAUAAAACUUAGAUCGAGAUAUUUUAAUAGAGUUAUUUAGCAAGCCCUCAAGAAGGGAAACAAUAAAAAUGUAUUUUAUGUGAAUUAAAAGCUGCUUGCAUGACACUCUGACAGCACAUAUUUAACGAGAAGUUGCGGUUGGUAUAAAUAAUUGCAACAAAACAUGGAAUUUUUGGCGCACAGUUUUGGCGUAUCGUUCGUUUUUGGACUGUUGUUUGCUCUAAUUCUAAAGAAACGCGCGAGAACGAGACGAGUCUGCAUCGUAGUCCUUGGUGACCUUGGGCGUAGUCCACGCAUGCAGUACCAUGCGAUUUCCUUUGCGAAGGAAGGCUACAAUGUCGAGCUUGUAGGGUAUUCUGGUUCCCAACCGCAUCACGAGCUCAGAGACAAUGCCAAUGUUAAAAUACAUUAUCUUCAAAGUCCUCCUAACUGGAAUGACAGAGUCACCAAGCUUCUUGCCUACGCGAUCAAAGUCAUCUGGCAAUCUGUCAAUCUUUUGUACGUACUAUUUUUCAAGUGUAGUUCAACUUUCUUGCUUCUACAAAAUCCACCUGCCAUACCAACUAUUCCAGUAUGUUGGUUCUAUUGUCUCAUUGCCAAAGUGGAAUUUGCCAUUGAUUGGCACAAUUAUGCACAUACGAUAAUGGCACUAAGCUUGGGACAAAACCAUUUUCUAGUCAAAUUAGCUACAUCUAUUGAAUCCUAUUUUGGUGCCAAAGCUGCACAAAACUUUUGUGUGACCAAAGCAAUGCAAAAAGACUUAAACGAUAAAUGGAAUAUUAAAGCUAAAGUAUUAUAUGAUAGACCACCAGAACAUUUCCAUCCGAUCACGUUGGAAGAAAAAUAUGAAUUAUAUUUAAAAUUAAGUAAAGAAUACAGUGUAUUUAAAGGUGAUGAAGAAAGUUCUACGAUUUUUGCAAAAAAGUCAUCUGAUGGAAAAAUUGAGUUACUAACAAAUCGACCUGCAUUAAUCGUAUCAAGUACCAGUUGGACUGAAGACGAAGACUUUUCUAUAUUGUUGGAAGCUCUUGAUGAUUAUGAAAGAGAGUGUAAAUCAAAUGAGACUGUAAAGUUUCCAAAGUUAAUAUGUGCGAUUACGGGCAAGGGACCAUUAAAAGAUUUUUACAAAGCAAUAAUUCAAAAGAAAAAUUGGAAAUAUGUAACUGUGAUAACACCCUGGCUAGAGAAUGAAGAUUACCCAAAACUUUUAGCCAGUGCAGACUUAGGUGUAUGUCUUCAUACAUCAUCUAGUGGUUUAGAUUUGCCUAUGAAAGUUGUUGAUAUGUUUGGUUGUGGUUUAUGUGUUUGUGCUUAUAAAUACAACUGUUUACAUGAACUUAUCAAGCACAACGAAAAUAGUUUGGUGUUUACAGAUGCCCGAGAAUUAGGUGAGCAGAUUCAAACGUUAUUUAAAAAUUUUCCAAACGAUUCUGAACAACACCAAAAGAUAGCACAAUUCAAAAACAAAUUAGCUAUGUAUCAGAAAUUCCGUUGGCACAGCAACUGGACAAGUGAAGUACUAACUUGUUUUGAAUGUUAUGUAGCAGCUUCGAGAGAGCAACACACCAGCAUGCAUUCCACAAUGUCAUUCUCCGUUUUGCUUUUUGUUAUUUUAUCUAUUAACAAUCGGUUUGUACUUUCAGCUGUGCUUGAGACAAACUUCAACAACCGUCCAAUAAUAGGAAUUUUAACUCAAGAAAUAAGUUAUAACUUGGACAAAGCUUAUCCGGGCAUGUACAACAGUUACAUUGCAGCUUCUUAUGUCAAAUUCAUUGAAAGCGCCGGCGCAAGAGUAACUCCAAUAUGGAUAGGACAGAAUUAUUCGUAUUACGAAAACAUCUUGAGCAAAAUAAAUGGUGUACUGUUUCCCGGAGGUACGACGUAUUUCAAUCAAACCGAUGGUUACGCUGACGCUGGAGAAUGCAUUUACGAAAUCGCUAAAAAAUUAAAUAGAAACAAUACGCACUUUCCAAUUUGGGGUACGUGCCUGGGGUUCGAGCUGCUGACAUAUCUCGAAGCUAGUCGUCGUGAGCAUCGAGAGACGUGCUCGAGCAGUAGCCAAGCGAUUCCCCUCGAAUUCACCAAAAAUUUUCGGAACAGUCGAAUGUUCAAGGACGUUCCAGCUGACGUAGUUGACGUUUUGCGAGAGAAAAAAGUCACUGUUAAUUUCCAUCAGUAUUGCGUUACUUACGAGGCCUUGGCGAAAGUGAAUCUCACCGAGGAAUUUCACAUAAUAUCCUACAACCACGACAGGAACGACAAAAAAUUCAUAUCGACGUUCGAACACGUGGCGUUCCCGUUUUAUGGUGUUCAGUUUCAUCCGGAAAAAAUCCAAUUCGAGUGGGUCAAAGGAAAAAAUAUAUCCCACUCUUUCGAUGCGAUAAAGGCCAACCGGUACUUUGCCGAUUUCUUCGUCAACGAAGCACGGAAAAAUUUUAAUCAUUUUUCUAACGUAAAAGAAGAAAACGAAGCUCUUAUCUACAACUACCCGGUUACGUUCACGGGACUCAAGGGCUCGCCUUUCGAACAGUGUUAUAUGUUUAAAAAAUAGUACAUUGUACGCAUCUAGUAGUGCCAUCAAUUUCAUUGCUCGGGAAUGGAUGUACCGAACUUUGUUCAACUGUUGAUAUUUCGCGGCUGCGAAUUGUGAUAUUUUUAGAUACUCUGUAAAAGACUUGUAAAAUGUGUUCACGAAAUUGUU